CGUAAUGUCGAAUCCUUCCUUUCUCUGCAUCCUGAUGGUCUCGUGUUUGUGACUGGGGAUUUUAACCCUGUCAGUACAUUAUUUGAUGAAAAACGGUUGAAAAGAUUGUCCGGUUUAACUCAAAUUAUUAAUGUCCCAACCCGUCACAACGCCAUAUUGGAUUGGUGUCUCACAAAUGCCAAGAAAGUCGUUUUUGAUGUAAGCCAGCUUCCUCCUAUUGGCUCGAACGACCAUAAUGCCAUUUUAAUAAAACCCCAUAAAGAUCGUCUGGAGAAUUCGUGUAAUAAACGAGUAUGCAAAAGAGAUUUAAGAUAA